GACUUGCUGUGGUUGCGCACUGGAAAGACACGCAGUUCUGAUCCGAAAAUACGCCGGAGAGUGGGAAAUCCUACAACUUUUUGCGAAUCGGAUUAAUAAAACAUAUUUUGCAAACAAUUAUCAACCAAACAAUCAUGAAUGGUACUACGGGACUACUGAACCGGACGCUGACCGUGGAUGAGUACACGGACAGUGCGGGGAUUGACAACGUCCACCAGUGCUGCAACUUAUCCGCUGCCGCCGCCUCGGUCAUCACGGAUGGCCGGUUUGGUCUGUCCCUACCGACCGAACAAGACCUCUAUAUAAUGCGCCUAGUUCAGAUUGCUGUGCUGUGCGUAUUGUCGUUGACAGUUAUUUUCGGCAUCUUCUUCCUGGGAUGUAACCUGCUCAUAAAGUCGGAAAGCAUGAUCAACCUGCUCGUGGAAGACAGGAGACCAUCAAAGGAAGUAGAAGUUAUAAUGGUCGCGUCCUAGCUCGGGAACAAGGCACAUAGGACAUGCUGUGACGCUUACCGUACAGGGGGUUUUCAUUAUACCCUAUGGGUAAAUUACUUUAAGAGUCACUUCUAUUGUAACGAUAGAAACGUGGCUGAAAUGGACUGCAGCUCAAGUGAAAUGGACGUAAUUCUGCCUGCACCCAAAUAAAAGGAUGUUAAUGAGAAAACGUAAAACAAUCCACUGGUAACUGCAUGCAUAUUAUGUUAUUACACUGUAGGGCUCAUUGGUUUUUGCAACAGGUUAACUGUUCUGUGGUAAUACAAAAACACAGUAUGAACUGUUGGUAACAAAGAAUGUGAAUUUACAAAAAGGUUACUAGCCUCUGAUCCAGCCCACGGUGGUUCUGAAUGUGUAAACCAUUUAAAAUUCUGCUAAGAAAGAAAAUGUAGCAAGAGCAUACUUUGUGUCUUGAAACAUAGUCUAAAUAACUUGUAUCGAAACGUGGGCGCAUUUUGCCAUAAUAAUAUUGUCAAAUCCAGGCUGCAACCAUUACCAAAUUAUUAAUAUUUUGGUAAACAGUUUUGUUGGAGUGGAAAUGUGGACUCUGGGCUACACAGAUUUCAGGGUUAUGGAUUUUUGAAAUGUUGUAUGGUUAAUGUAUGCCAUUUUUUUCUGGUGAAGCUACAAAAGCUAUGCCCUGCGAUUUCAUUUCAUUCAUUGCCACGCCUUUACGCAAAUAUAUUCACGGAGUAAGGCCUAUUAGCUUAUCUAGCCGUGAUGAUUGUCUUAGAUAUUGCUAUGAGCUGUUAAUUGUGUGAAAGCAGUACUAUUGUUAUUUCAGGAAAAUAAAUGGAUCAAAAUGUAUAAGAAAUGUAGCCUGUAAAAAAAGACAAAUUGUAUGCGUAAAAUUAACGCUUAACAUCAAAGACACUUGUAAUUUUCCACCGAAUAAUACU